AUGAUCUUUUCAACGGGUCAAAAACGUGACAGGAAUUUUCCUCGGGAUACAUACUCCAAAACCCGUUUGCACAAUCCAGCCCUCUGCAUGUGCCUAGUUCUUUCCUUACGCCGCUGCGUUGUAAACAGGGAAUCGGUGACAAUCAGAGCUCUUCGACUCACAAUCCUCUCCAGUGGACUCCUGCCUUACAUCUCGUCUGACACAAGUGGAAUAGUGACAGGUGAUGCGAACAUCACGGUCACGAUCUCCAAAGGCGGACUUCCUCAGGAUGUCGAGGAAGUUUUUUUUCUCCAGCCGUCUCAGAUCCUCCGUGUCAUCGACGAGACAGGGAAAGCCGUCUACAUGCCCCAGGCGAUCACUGACUCGGUUGAUGCUUCUCAGGGAUCCCGCACUGACGCUGACGUUGCUUCUUCUGAGUCGUAUUCCGCCGCGUACGCAUUCGUGAAUGGAAAAUGCGACUUUACGACGGAGAUCCAGUACAAAGAAGCAUUUCCUGACUACACGGCGCCAUUAUGGGUUCGUACUGUCUAUACUGUCCCGAAGACAGAAGCAGCCCCUUCGGAGACGGCUGCGAACUUCACGUUGACGAAUCCUCCUGCAGAGUAUUUGAACGAGUCUGUGAGUUUCUGA